AUGGCGCCACUCGUCGAUCGAGCCGAAAUCAAAUCGGCAUCACUGCAUAACCCGUUGCCUUUAUUUGCCCAUACGUACAUAUGGCCGUUCGCGAUCCUAUGGCCCAUCUUUUUCAGCUUUUAUCUGUCGCAGGAAAAUUAUGAUCAGUACAUCAACGGCCAAGAAUGGACAUUUGUGUACGCCGGCAGCAUUGUCACAUUGCAAUCGCUCUUCUGGCUCAUGACCUUCUGGAACGUCAACCUCCGAUCCCUCUUCACCACCACGAGCGCAAAGAGCGUACGAAAUGCGGGCUUGAUCAAGGUCAUCCCUCAAGCCAACGCCGGCGCCAGCGAAAUAUGUCCAAUCGAGCGYGAGAAAGUCGCAGGGUCAGAGAGCGUGAGCUUUUUGUUCCAGAAGAGAAGGUUCUUGUACGAUGAAAAGACGAACACUUUCGCGCCCCUGGCAUACAGCAUCGAUCGCGUACCGAAGCCGCAGGUGGGAGACUUCCAGCGCUCCAAGGGGCUGGUCAAGGGUGCAGAAAUUGAGCGUCUGCAGCAAUACUACGGACCCAACAUCUUCGACAUCCCUGUUCCGACCUUCUCCGAGCUGUUCAAGGAGCACGCUGUCGCGCCAUUCUUCGUGUUCCAGAUCUUCUGUGUGGGCUUGUGGAUGCUGGAYGAGUACUGGUACUACUCACUCUUCACCCUGUUCAUGCUGGUGGUUUUUGAGUCUACCGUUGUUUGGCAACGACAGAGGACCUUGAAGGAGUUCCGUGGGAUGAGCAUCAAGCCGUACAAUGUGUGGGUGUUCAGGCAGAACAAAUGGCUUGAGGUGCUGAGUGAUCAGUUACUCCCCGGUGAUUUGGUUUCGGUGGGCAGGACAAAGGAAGACAGUGGAGUCGCGUGCGAUAUGAUGCUUGUUGAGGGCAGUGCAAUCGUUAACGAGGCCAUGCUUUCUGGAGAGAGUACUCCAGUGCUCAAAGAUUCGAUCCAGCUCAGACCUGCGGACGCCACAAUCGACCCAGAAGGUCUCGAMAAGAACGCCCUACUAUGGGGAGGCACCAAAGUCUUGCAGGUUCAGCACGCUACCGCCUCAGAUGAUGCCCCGGACACUGUCCCGCAGUUCAAGUCUGGCGUCCCACCUGCUCCCGACAAAGGUGCUCUGGCAAUCGUGAUCAAGACCGGAUUCGAGACGAACCAAGGUGCUCUGGUCCGGACGAUGAUCUACUCGACAGAGCGCGUCAGUGCCAACAAUGUCGAAGCGCUCCUAUUCAUCCUCUUCCUGUGUGUCUUUGCUGUUGCCGCUUCUCGCUACGUCUGGAUUGAAGGCGUCAAGCAGGACAGAAAGAGAUCGAAGCUGCUCCUAGACUGCGUGCUCAUUAUCACCUCGGUCGUCCCACCGGAGCUACCUAUGGAGUUGAGCUUGGCCGUCAACACCAGUCUCGCUGCCCUGAGCAAGUACGCCAUCUUCUGUACCGAGCCCUUCCGAAUCCCCUUUGCAGGCCGUGUUGAUGUUGCUUGCUUUGACAAGACUGGAACCCUUACCGGCGAGGACCUUGUUGUUGAUGGUAUUGCUGGCUUGUCUCUCGGCCAGCAGGGUGUGCCAACCGAAUCAGAUGGCGCUCAGAGCCACCUUACUAGACUCACCAACACCGGACUGGAGACUGCCCUGACCCUGGCCACUGCGCACGCACUUGUCAAACUUGAGGACGGAGAUGUCGUUGGUGAACCAAUGGAGAAGGCUACUCUCGAGUCACUCGGCUGGACUCUCGGCAAAAAUGACACUCUGUCUGCCAGAGCUGGCGCCAACUCCAAGGGCGCCACUGCAUCGGACAUUGUACAAAUCAAGCGACGGUUCCAGUUUUCCUCUGCUUUGAAGAGGCAAAGCUCGGUCGCUACAGCUAUCAUCACAGAUCGCCAGACUGGCAAAAAGACCAAGAACACUUUUGCCGGUGUAAAGGGCGCGCCGGAGACAAUCCGAAAGAUGCUAGUCAACGUUCCACCAAAGUAUGAGGAGACCUUCAAGUACUUCAGCAGGAACGGCGCACGCGUGCUGGCCCUGGGAUACAAAUACAUCUCCACGGGCGACGAAAUCACUCAGAAGAAGAUCAAUGACCUCAAGCGUGAAGAUGUGGAAUGUGAGCUGCAUUUCGCCGGGUUCUUGGUGUUGCAGUGCCCGCUCAAGGACGAUGCGAUCAAGGCUGUGCGCAUGCUCAACGAAAGCAGUCAUCGUGUGGUCAUGAUCACUGGCGAUAACCCACUUACUGCUGUGCACGUUGCACGCAAGGUCGAAAUCGUUGAUAGGGACGUUCUGAUUCUCGACGCGCCUGAAGACGAUGACAGUGGCGAAAAGCUGGUGUGGAGGAGCGUGGACGACAAAACCAAUAUUCGCGUCGACCCUACCAAGGAUCUGGAUGCGGAGAUACUCAAGAACAAUGAUCUCUGUGUCACUGGAUAUGGCCUCGCCAAGUUCAAGGGUCAGAAGGCUCUUCCAUCUCUACUGAGGCAUACGUGGGUGUACGCAAGAGUCAGUCCGAAGCAGAAGGAGGAAAUUCUUGUCGGUCUCAAGGACCAGGGCUAUACCACACUCAUGGCUGGAGAUGGUACCAACGAUGUUGGCGCACUGAAGCAGGCCCAUGUGGGUGUUGCUCUGCUCAACGGMACCAAAGAGGACAUGGACAAGAUCGCCAAGCACUACCGCGAGACCAAGAUGAAGGAAAUCUACGAGAAGCAAAAGCAAAUGAUGUUGCGUUUCAACCAGCCCGAGCCGCCUGUUCCAAUCAAUGUCGCCCACCUGUACCCACCUGGCGAGAAGAACCCUCACUACGAGAAGGCUAUGGAGCGCGAAGGGAAUUACAAGGCACAAAUCGCCGCGUUGAAGGAAACCCAGGAAAAUGAAGGUGCGAACGGUGCGAACGGUGCGCUCACUUACACGCCGCCGCCACAGCCCGUCCAGCAAGCGAUCGUGGAAGCCAAAUCUCCCCAAGAUCAGAAGAAGGAACGGGCGCAAAAUGCAGCAAGUCAGAUGGCAGAGAAGCUCUCGAUGUCAAUGCUUGAGGACGAGCUGAACGCCGACGAGCCGCCAACUAUCAAGCUUGGUGAUGCGUCAGUUGCUGCACCAUUCACCAGCAAGCUCGCCAACGUCGUUGCCAUUCCCAACAUCAUCCGGCAGGGUCGAUGCACGCUUGUUGCAACUAUUCAGAUGUACAAGAUCUUGGCUUUGAACUGCUUGAUCAGCGCAUAUAGUUUGAGUGUGCUCUACCUGGAUGGUAUCAAGUUUGGUGACGGUCAGGUCACGAUCAGUGGAAUGCUCAUGAGUGUGUGCUUUUUGAGCAUCUCCCGCGCCAAGACCGUCGAAGCCCUCUCGAAGGAGCGCCCGCAGAACAACAUCUGGAACUGGUACAUCAUUCCAUCUGUGCUUGGCCAAUUCGCAGUCCACAUUGCCACUCUCAUCUACAUCUCCAACACUGUUCACCGCUUCGAGCCGAAGAAAGACCGCAGCUUGAUUGACCUCGAGGGCGAGUUCGAACCCUCGCUGCUCAAUUCCGCAAUCUAUCUCCUGCAGCUCAUUCAGCAAAUCUCCACCUUCGCCAUCAACUAUCAGGGCCGGCCCUUCCGCGAGAGCAUCAAAGAGAACAAGGGCAUGUACUGGGGUAUUGUCCUCGUCACCUCUGUCGCGUUUUCUUGCGCCACGGAAUUCAUCCCGGAGAUAAACGAGCAGUUGAAGCUCGUCCCAUUCGUGACCGAGUUCAAGGUUAUUCUCUGCACCACCAUGGUUUUGGAUUACGCUGGUUGCUGGAUCAUUGAGAAGACACUCAAGAGUAUCUUCAGUGAUUACAAGCCCAAAGAUAUUGCCGUUAGGAGACCAGAUCAGUUGGCCAGGGAGCAGAAGAGAUUACAGGCGGAGAAGGAAGCCGCUGAUCGAGCGAAGGAAGAAGCGGCUGGGAAGGUCUAG